GCUGAAGUGGAGGGGGAGGGAGAAAGAGGAAGAAUCGAAACUCUCUGCCUCCAGGUCAGUGAGGGAAAUCCUGUCACUAUCAACUAACUGGUCUGGCAACCACAAAGCUGGAUCAGCGUCCAGUGGAAAUGCAAGCAAAGCUUCUCCUGGAGUAAAACAUCGGGUCCUUUCCACUGCUGGUCUCUGUUGCAGGAACCAGAUGCCAAAUAUCAGCCUUGACAUCCACAGGGUAAACUAAGCACUGUUUCUGCUGCCAUGGAGGAAUUCUUGAAGGGGGAACCCAAAGUCCUUGGGGCUGUACAAGUUAUGAUUGCUCUCAUAAACCUGAGCAUAGGAAUAAUAAUGAUCAACAUACCAUUCGAUCAUCGUGAACCAGCCAUUUCAUUGAUCUUAGCGGCCCCAGCUUGGGGGCCACUGAUGUUCAUAAUUUCAGGAUCCCUGUCAAUUUCAGCAGGAAUGAAACCUACAAAGCGCCUGGUCACCAUCAGUCUAGUUUUCAACACCAUCAGCGCUGUGCUGGCUGCAGCCGCAAGCAUAAUGGGUGUCAUCAGUGUGAUUUUGGGUUUGCGUUCUCCCUUUCUUAAAAAUGAAGUUGAAACAGGUAUAGAUUCCUUGAUGCUCGUUUUAAAUUUGCUAGAAUUCUGCAUUGCGGUGUCUGUCUCGGCCUUUGGAUGUAAAGUAACCUGUUGUAACAGCAGGGAGUCCAUUCCUCCAUUCCAGCCCCCAUUCUCCUGCCUAAACCGUGCUCAUGGAGGUGACAGGGCCACUGUUUAUCAGAAACUUUCAGUGGAGGACUGCUUGAAGAUGCUCCUGAAAAGCGAGGAGGAAGGUCAGGUAGAUAUAAAAAGUGACAGACUUAGGCAGAUAAAAAGGCCAGGCAGGAGACCAUGAGAACGAUAUGGCAGGUGUGUCCUCAACGCUGCAAGCAGGGAAAGAAGCUAGUGAGAGCUGUCACCUGCUCCCCAGAACUGAGCAAUGCUGUUCCUGCCGACCUCCUGUGUUAACCGGGAAAGCAGCGCUUUGGUGCAUGUGUUGCUCGUGUAUCACAUCGUCAUUCUCCUGCUGCCCCACGUCACCUGAGUUUGGGAAGAAAGAAUGUUCCCAAGUAUUACGAUACUUCUGCCAUUCUGGGCCACCGUCCUAUAUGCAGAAUUUGUUCACGGCCUCCAUGACAAGGUCUGGAUGUGCUGCUAUCAGCAGGAACAAACUAGUUGGAAGGAAUAUCAUUGUCAUUUUUUUCCCAUAACUCCUUUGUUCAAGUAAUUCUCAUGGAAGACUGAUGCUCUAAGAUGCAGCUGCAGAUAUCAGCUCCUCUGGUCAAGCUCUGCCACAGAAUGAGUGUCCUAGGAGUACAAUGCCUGAUCCAAGCAGCUCCCGAGACACUCAUCUUCCCCCACCCCACGGUGAUAUGUGGUUCAACUCAGUAAAGACAAUGUAGACACUAGUAAAAGUGACAUUAUGGUAUAAGGAAAAGAAGCUCUGAGUAUACUGGGUAACUCAA